CCUGGAGGAAGCCGCACAAGGUCCAGACUGUCUACUCCGGAGACAGACACAGAAGGAGACUUACUUUGUUCCAAAAUGGCAUCUCCCUUUUAUCAAGUUUUCUUAGUUGCUGGCCUCUGCACUCCAAUCUGCUGUGUUUCCCCAUCUAGUUCCCCCAGCAAUGGGUUCCCCUGCCAUCCUUCCCCAAAGAGCAGCCCUGCCUCCCAAGUGUCUUUCAGCAACACCAACUUUGCCUUUUGCCUGUACCGGAGGCUGGUUCUGAAGGCUCCAGAUCAGAACAUCUUCUUCUCCCCUGUGAGUGUCUCCACUGCCCUGGCCAUGCUCUCUCUUGGGGCCUGCUCGGCUACCAAGACCCAGAUCCUCCAGAGCCUGGGGUUCAACCCCACACACACCCCAGAGUCUGCCAUUCACCAGGGCUUCCAGCACCUGGUCCAUUCUCUCAGUGUCCCCAGCAAAGACCUGGCCUUGAAGAUGGGGAAUGUCCUCUUCAUCAAAAAAGAGCUUCAGUUGCAGACCAAUUUCUUGGACAAUGUCAAGAGGCUGUAUGAGUCAGAAGUCUUCUCUACAGAUUUCUCCAACACCUUCACUGCCCGGGAGAAGAUCAACAGCUACGUGGAGAAGGUUACCGAAGGAAAGAUUGUAAACUUAAUCCAAGAGCUUGAACCUCUGACAGCCAUGGUUCUGGUGAACCACAUUUUCUUUAAAGGUAAGGCUCUGAGAGGUUGA